AGGGGGCUGAUAAAGUUUCUGGCUACAAUACAGGAGACAUAUCAUUACCAUAUGAUCUACUGUGGGUGUCAGCCUGGAUUCUGUUCAUUGAGGGAAAUCUUACUUUUUUAACUGUGCUGUGGAAUGGAAGAAGCAGGAGGAUUUUCCACCAAGUGACAGUCACUGAGCAGUAACCUUCCCCUCCUCCUUUCCACACCUGCAUGGUCUGCUGCCCGGGUUGAAUAUUUUAGUUGAAUUGCAUCUCAGCUCUGAGGGUGCCUCUUGCAAAUCCUUGGAUUCAAAGAUUCACUGAGACUUCCCAGAGUAGAUGAACUAAACCAUGAACGUGGCUGUCUUGUUUUUGCUCCUGCCAGUUUGUUUUGCCAAACCAUUCCAUCAGAAAGGCUUAUUUGAUUUUAUGCUUGAAGACGAACCUGGUUCAGGUGAUGAAGUUACAGGACUGCCUCCCCUUGCACCGGACCCCACAUGCCCAUUCCGCUGUCAGUGCUAUCUUCGGGUUGUUCAGUGUUCUGAUUUAGGCCUGGAUCAAGUCCCAAAGGAUCUUCCCUCAGAUACUACUCUUCUAGACUUACAGAACAAUAAAAUAACUGAAAUCAGGGAUGGCGAUUUCAAGAAUUUAAAAGACCUACAUGCAUUGAUCCUUGUUAAUAACAAAAUCAGCAAAAUCAGUCCUAACGCUUUUGCUCCACUGAAAAAACUGGAAAGACUUUACCUUUCUAAGAACAGCUUAAAGGAGCUUCCAGAAAACAUGCCCAAAAGCUUGCAAGAGCUUCGAGCACACGAGAAUGAAAUCAACAAAAUAAAGAAAUCUGUCUUCAGUGGAUUGAACAAUGUGAUUGUUGUAGAACUAGGCACUAACCCACUAAAAAGCUCAGGUAUAGAAAAUGGAGCUUUUCAAGGGAUGAAGAAACUCUCCUACAUCCGUAUUUCAGAUACCAACAUAACUUCUGUCCCUAAAGGUCUUCCCCCAUCUCUGACAGAACUUCAUCUUGAUGGCAACAAAAUCAGCAAGAUUGAUGCAGAUAGUCUAAAUGGACUUAACAAUUUGGCUAAACUUGGCCUCGGUUUCAACAGCAUCUCUAGUGUGGAUAAUGGUACCUUAGUUAAUGUGCCUCAUUUGAGAGAGCUCCAUUUAAACAACAAUGAACUUGACAAAGUACCAGGUGGACUUGGAGAGCACAAAUAUAUACAGGUGGUGUACCUUCAUAACAACAAAAUUGCUGCAGUUGGCCCCAAUGAUUUUUGCCCUCCUGGAUACAACACCAAAAAGGCUUCUUAUUCAGGAGUGAGUUUGUUCAGUAAUCCUGUACAAUAUUGGGAAAUCCAGCCAUCCACUUUCCGAUGUAUCUAUGAACGGUCUGCAAUACAAAUUGGAAAUUACAAAUAGAUGCACAGAUGCAUUUCAACUAUAUAUGACCUGUUACCUGUUAAAAUUGUUGCAAACCAUUAAAGCCAAAUACUGGAAACUUAACUGCAGAGUGGAUAUCGUUAUAUAUGUAAAAGACAUAACAGAUCAGUUCAAAACAAUAAUGCCUAAUGUUCUUUCUCUUCACUUCAUUGCCCUCAUGUGGCAUACUUCUGUGGAAUCUCUCAGUUACUGAGUGUGAUUGAUUUCAGUCUUUUACUUUGUACUGCAUUUGGGGUAAAUAUUUUUAAAUCUUUUCAUAUACUUAAAAAUGAUAUAGGGAAUAGUAUUUACAGCAAUUAAUUUUUUUUUAAAUCUUGGGUAAAUGUAACCCACUGAAGCUUUCAUCAAACUCCACAAAUCUGAUAAGAUCUACAAGUUAAGUCUGAGAGUAUUUUCUGGUGUUUUUAUAUGACAUAAGCAAAACCAAAAUGUUGCUUUAACAAUUUUUUUUGUAAACAAUGACCUCUUAAUAUAUACCCUUUAGUUUCUGAAUAAUUUUAAAAAGUUUUGCCUGAUCACUCUAUGCAAGAUUAGGAAAAAGCUGUACAGAACAAAGUAAUAGUGCAAAGUGUUACAUUAUUAUUUUAGUCCUGGAUGCUGCAAUUUUUGAAUUACAACAACUCAUUUCUAGAGGAUGAAUUUGUCUUGUUACAUGACCAUUUCCAUUGCUCAUAAUUCACUGAGCAAUAUUUCAAUUCGAUUUUCGUUCAUUUCAACAGGAUUUACAUAUUAAACCUCUCAAUAGGCACGAGUAAAUUAAAUAGGAAUUAGGGACUGCAUUGAUUUGUUUCUCUUAAAUGCAAAAAAAAAAUCAUUACCUCUCUUCUGUGUUUGAGUUUUAACAAUAUUUUAAAAUACGAUGCAGGAGACAUGUAAGUUAUUUGUUUAGCAAUAAACACAAGGCUGUAUGCUGGGAACAAGGAAACAUAAGCUUGCCAGAAUCUAAAAAGCAUAUUUUAAAAGCUUUACUCUUAUAAAAGUUAUCCAGAAGAAAAACUUAUACACGCAUCACUAUUACUGGUUUUACUGGUAGUGAGCAUAUCAAAAGAAGGCUGUACAUUUCUAGGAUCAAUACCUACAGAAUUAACUGUAUAUCUUCACAUGUCACACUAAAAAAAAAAGUUUUGAUACCUCUCAAUUGUCCACAAUACAAUCUUUUCAAUGUAUGCAUAUGGUUUUAUAUUAAACAAUAAUGGCAAACUCCAAAA